UCCCGGCGUCUCCGCGCCCGGCUCCAUGUUUGUGUCCCCGCGCGGCUCCCGUCGCGUUGCCAUGGCGGCGGCCUGGCGGCCUCGGCGUUGAGGUGCGCGGGAAGGGCGCGGGGCCCGGCCCCCAUCCGGCCGCCAUGGAGGACGAGCUGUACCUGGAGAACAUCGACGAGUUCGUCACCGACCAGAACCGCGUGGUGACGUACAAAUGGCUGAGCUAUACUCUGGGAGUUCACGUCAACCAGGCUAAACAGAUGCUGUAUGAUUAUGUGGAGAGGAAACGAAAGGAGAACUCGGGAGCUCAGCUUCACGUUACCUACUUAGUAGCAGGAAACCUCAUCCAAAACGGACACGUUUGCCACAAGGUUGCAGUAGUGAGAGAGGAUAAACUGGAAGCAAUGAAGUCUAAGCUCGCCACGAUUGCAAGCGUGCACGUUUACAGCAUCCAGAAAGCCUUGCUCAAAGACAGCGGGCCGCUCUACAACACCGACUAUGACAUUGUCAAAACAAACCUGCACAGCUGCAGCAAGUUUAGUGCCAUUCGCUGCGCUGCCGCCGUCCCCCGGACGCCCGCCGAAGUUUCUCAAGCACAGACGUCGGCGCAGGCGGGUUCCCAGCCGCCGAGUGACACGGGUGCUGCCGGCGUGCCCGCGGUCAACGGCCACGGUCCCUCGGCCACCAAGCAGACCUCGCAGCAGCCCAAGGGCAUCAUGGGGCUGUUUGCAGCCAAAGCCGCUUCCAAACCCCAGGACACGAGUAAAGAAACCAAAGCAGAGGCUAAGGAGGCCCCAGGUGUGUCUGCAGUAAGCAGCAAACCGCCGGCAAAGGGCAACAUAAUGAACAACUUCUUUGGAAAAGCUGCCAUGAAUAAACUCAAAGUCAACUCUGUGCCUGAGCAGCCAAAGGAGGAAAAAGAAGUAGUCAAGACUUCAGUUCCUGUAGCAGAACCAGAGUCAUCCCCUAACGCUGUAGUAGAGAAACCUGGGAGGAAAACAGAGCCUGCUAAAACUCAACAAAAGGACAAGAAAAGUAAAACGAAGAGGUUGGACAAGUCAGAUAACGAGGAGGAAAGAGAACCCGAAAAUCAAAAGAAGAAGAGGAAGCGAAUCAAACAACUUGAGUCUGACAGCAGUGAUGAGGAAGCCGAUGUCCCACUGUCUCCCACACCUGAGGAAGAGAGAGCUCCAUCUCCACCACCUCCGGCACCUGCUCUGAAGACUGAGUUGGAGCCUGCGUCCAGUGAGGUUUCAGCUGGAGGGAAGAAGAGGAAACGGAAGCGUGUGCUGAAAUCCAAAAUGUUUGUUGAUGAAGAAGAAGGCUGCAUGGUGACUGAGAAGGUUUACGAGAGCGAAUCCUGUACAGAUAGCGAGGACGACUUCGCCAAGACCAAGCCACCAGCUGCGCCCAAACAGCCUGCGCUGCCUAUGAAGAAAGAACCAAAGGAAGAAAGGAAGAACCCAAAGAAAGGGGCAGCCACCGCCAGCAGAGCCAACAAGCAGGUCUCCAUCAUGGGAUUUUUUCAGAAGAAAUGAACUGGGUCUUUUCCCUGGUCCCUUUGGCAGCUUGCGAGUGGUGCUCUUUUUUGAGUGGCUUACUGAAAGCUGCUGCACUGGAGGAGAACACCAUGCAAUCUUGUGUUAAGUAAGAUAUCUUGCUUACUGUGUAAGUAAGCCCUCUGGACUAGAUUUUGUAUUGAAAAAAAAAAAGUUUUAUCUGUUACUGCAAUAAUUCAGUCCUCUUUACUAAGCUGUAUGAAAAUAACCAGCUAGAUGUAAAAUCUAGAAUGAACUCUUGAAAGGCUCUUCAUCCACUUCCAUGAAAUUUUAUUUUUUAAUAGGGCUUUUUACCAGCUCAGUGCUGAAGGCCUGUUCCACGAGUGGUAGAUUGACUAAAUGAGGAGUCAAGUUCUGGAAUCUUUUUUUUUUUUCGCCCUGUUUUUACACUCCCAGCUCUCCAGAUCGAUCUAAAUCUUCGCGUUGGUUAGAAGCUGCGAUGUAGCAGGUCUUCAGGCGCACACACACAAAUAUUGAACAUCUGCUUCAGCUUGAACUGAAUGAAAUGAAUUUAAUUUUCCCCCAAAGACCGGUAAAAUAGUUCUUGCUCUGCCUUUCAUAAUCUGUUUUUGGACAAAGCAGCGCAUAUAAAAUUCUCUUACUCUUUUCUUCCUUGAACAUAUCCUCUGUAAAUUGCUCAGAUGCCUAAUUAUAGACGAGGACACUGUUGGUGCUCUGUCUCUGCAAAAACAUCUUAGGCUUCCCACACAAUUGGCUCCAGUGUAACUGGGGGAAGGCUUUGCUGUUAUUGGGAAAGCAACUGUCUCUUUAACCUUGAAAGUUAACGAGUCAAAGGGGACAGUGUUUAGAGGGCUCUUCCGAUAACCCCGGUCAGGUGUCCUUGUCUGUGAAGAACCACACACAGCUUUUUCAUUUGGUUUCCCUGCUGCAGGUUGUUGGUUUUUUUUUGUUUGUUUUUUAAACAGGCAUAAACCAGACACUCCAAGAGUUGUUUUCUAGGACAUCCAGUCAGCUGCCUGCUGGAGGAAGUGUUGCAGCAAAUGGUUCUGAGAAAAAAGUUAUUGGAGGUGAAUAAAGCACUGCAGUCCUGUUGGUCAGAAAUAACUUCUCGUUUUGGAUGCCUUCUGCUUUUUUGGUGCUAAAUUUUAUAGACUAUCUUAUAAAAGGCCCUUUUUUUUUUUUCCAGAGGAGGGAUGCUCAGCACUUCUGAAGCUUGGCCUGGUGAGGGCUUUCAUGUGGGCAACUGCUGUCACCGGUGCUCACUUCUGAGUGGUGUUAGAGCAGUGUAUGUAUUGAGAUGUGCAUACGUAGUGGUAUUGAGAGCGUUCGUGGUUGGCACAAAGGUAGAGCAAGUCUGAAGAGUGUGAAGCAAGGAAGAAAUGUCUUCAGGUGCCCAGCUGCAAGUAUUCUGACCUGUGGGCAGUAAAAGGGCCAACUAAUUGUUUCUAUGGACACAGGCUAAGAGAUGGAGUAACUCUGGGCUUUGAAGUGGAAGCUCCCAGGAAAAAUAAUGGGAGGAUGUGGGAGGGCAGGCAGAAUCAGCACCAGCACCCACAGCCAUCCUCAGCCAGAGCCUGCUGCACACGCUGAAAAAGGUUUGAUGUUCUCAAGGUGUGUUUCAGUGACGUGGGCAGCAGAGAGCCGUGGUGGAAAAAUAAUGAAGGGCUUUAUUUUCACUUUUCUGAAGACCACUGCCCGGUCCAAACUGUAGCGUGUUGGUUUUUCUUGGUAGAAGUGGGGGGUGUGUUUCGAAAGGGAAUGAUAAGUAACCAAAUGUAUUAAAUACAGAUUUGUCUUUUUUUUACUGAUUAAAAGAUGUGCU